AUGGCCAACAACAGCGAUGCAGAAUUUAGCUACUAUCUUUCAGAUUGGUUUUGGGAGCGGAACAUCAAACUUCCUCCGGCUGACCCAGCCCUAUCAGAUACAGAUCAUCCCACCAACGGCAGUCAAGAUGGAAAAGGGGGGUCUACUCCGAGUGACGCUCCGAAGGACGACAUCGCCAGCGGCUAUCUGACCGAUACCGCCACAGGAUUCAGUGCCCCCAAAGAGUCCCUCGCCGAGUUACUCGACAUGGCCCGCGGCUUGAUGGUAUUCGACGAAAACACCGAUCUCUUGGUCCCAGAGUCAAACUUCUUGAUCCGUUCAACAACAGCCGGAGUGGCAUGGCGACACUAUCUGGAUUGGAUUGUUCAAGACCUCGCCCAGAAGAUGGGGGCAGCUGUCGUGACGGUCUCCUUGCAGGAUUUGGAAAACCUAGGUACCGACUUUUUUGCCCAAGAAAUCGAGUGGAGAAAGACACAUGGCGAAAGGUCGAGACCAUGGGGUAAUCGCUAUCCGGACCGACAGUUGAGGUAUCCCAUGAGUAAUCUCUUCUUCUCCGACGUCGGGAGCGGAGAUCGGCAAAAAAUGGCAAUGUCUGCCAUCUUGGACGCGGUGCAAGACAAACAAUCGGAGCUUUUCCAACGAGUCGACAAGGAGCCGGACGACGCGGAAUCGCCCGAAAUCACCUCCGAGGGCGAACCGAUUUGUGAUUCAGCCAUAUUGAUCCAGAUCCGUGACGCAGAAGAGUUUGGAGAUAUGGACAGCAACAUGGCUGGUCGCUGCAUAUGUCAUUUGCAUCGGUGGGUCAGAGACCGGCGCGAGGAAGGGCAAGAGAUAGCACUCGUAUGCUGCACGUCGGGCCAAAGUCGGUGGUACGAGAACAUGUUUCGAAAGCAGUUGUGUGGGACGCCUUCUUUGUCUAUUACCAUCGAGCCUCCGGAGCCUAUCACGGACAAUGCGGAGUUGGAGAGAGCCAGAGUUCGGCAAAACAAUAUCUGGAAAAUCAAACGUUUGUUGCGUGAACGGUGCGCAAAGCUCAUUCAGCCGGGUCUGCUUGACCCGUUCACUGAAUGGACCGGACUAUCGGAAGAAGAAUACGAGGCGAUGGGACGGCGCGAUUGGUCUCACGACGCCAUGAGACGCGCCAAAAUCCAGAUCCCUGGCAGAAGCACAGGCGGCAAGCCAGCGGAUCUCGAUGAUAUAUGGACAGUCUUCCGGCGAUUAGGUUUCCUCAAGACGUCCACCGACGAAACGAAUUCGGAGUCCGAGUCCAACGUCGAGGUUGAAGAGGCAGAGCGGAAAGAACAGACGUGGAAUUCGAGGGUCAGGGAGAUGGCCGGUCGCUGCAACGAUUUCGAGACCCAGCUACUCGACUGCGUGGUUAAUCCGAGCGAGCUGAAAAUCACCUGGGACGACGUCAUUCUCGACGACGACGACACGAAGGACACCAUGAUGCAGCUGGUCACAAUGUCGAGGUUCCGACCCAAAGCGACGUCCAGCUUCAUGCUCAAGCACAUCCGUAUCAACGGCGCCCUCCUGUACGGCCCGCCCGGCACAGGAAAGACGCACCUCUGCCGUGCCAUCGCGGCGGCUUCCGGAUCCAACAUGUUGUCCGUCGACAGCGCAGCGCUGCAGUCAAAGUGGGUUGGAGAAUCGGAGAAGUACGUCAGGGCCGCAUUCACCCUGGCCGAGAAGCUUCACCCUUGCGUCUUGUUCAUGGACGAGGUUGACGCCAUGUUCUAUCGGCGAUCGUCGAGUGAUAAGGACUGGACGAGACGUUCGUUGACGCAGUUCCUUACGGGAAUGGAUGGUCUGUCCAAGAGCGGAAAGGCCCCGUUUGUUCUGGUCGCGACGAACAGGCCCUGGGACUUGGAUGAAGCAUUCCUCCGACGUCUUCCGCAGAAGAUCUUUUUCUAUCUGCCUAACGAGGAGUGCCGCCGCAGAAUCCUUGGUACUUUCGUUACCCCGGACGACUUGGAAGACGACGUCGACCUUGGUGAGGUAGCGAAAGAGACGAAGGGGUACUCGGGAUCUGAUCUGCGCGCCGUCUGCGCGCAGGCUGGAUUGUCGUGGACCAUCGAGCAGGUGCGGAGGGAAGGCGCCUACAAGGUGUUGGAGACGAGUAAGUUGAAGCUUAACAACGCCAACUUCAAACGGGCUAUUCGGAUGAUCAGGCCGAGCAACGCCACAAGUGUUCCUCGUGAGAUGGUUGAUUUUGUAAAGCGCUUUAAUCCAGACGUCUUAGAGGAGGCACCGACAAAAGAUUGA